AUGGCGCAAUCUGGAUUUGGAAAUGCUUCUUCAAAGAGAGAAAAGAAUUGGUCGGAGAAAUCAUAUCCAGUCUCUACAGCAGCUGAGUUGUAUAAUGGAGAUUCGCCUGCCCAGAAAACAUGCAUAUUUUGUGAAAAGAAGCACAAUAGUCAAGAUUGUUAUCAAGCAGCAAAGAUGAGUCUCGAUAGCAAGAAAACGAAAGUUCAAGAAAAGAGAGCCUGUUUCAUCUGUUUGAGAGUUGGACAUAUUUCGAAAUCGUGCAAGUCUAAAGUGAAGUGUCUUUUGUGUGGGCGUUUGCAUCAGGCCACAAUGUGCCCCGAGAACCCAAAGAAUAAAGUGGAAUCUGCUACGAGUGAGAGUGCAAGUGCGGACACCUCAAUGUCAAAUUACAGUCAUCACGACGUAAUGCUGCAGACGCUGGAAAUACGAAUCAGCAACAAAGCGAAGAAUGAAGAGAGACCGGUUCGUGCCGUGAUUGAUACCGGGUCGCAGAGGUCGUACGUGUCCAAGAAAGCAGUUCAAGUUUUGGGAUUCAAGCCGAUUGGAGAGAAGAAGGUUAUGCAUUCCUUAUUUGGGGGACAACAGACAGAUGAGCAGCGCCACAAGUUAUUUGAGAUUGCUCUGCAAAGUAAGGAUCGUCAGUUUCACUGCAAAAUCAUGGUCUUACAUCAAGAGAAGAUAUGUGGCAAGAUUUCGAGAGUACCACAAGGACCAUGGGUAAAAGAGUUAAAAGGUGCAGGUAUUGAGCUGACUGAUGUUGACGUGGAUGAUGAGCUGAGAGACAUUCAUGUGUUAAUUGGUGCGGAUGUAGCUGGAGAUUUGUUGACUGGAAAUUUAUAUAGGACUUCGAGUGGAUCAGUAGCAAUUGAGACGAGAUUAGGAUGGACACUCAUGGGGAAGAACAAGUCAACGAAAAUGGGUCAAGAUGGAAAUUCACUCAUUGCUACAUCACUGCAUGUUGGGGACUUAGAUAUCCAGGCGUUAUGGAAGCUGGAUGUGAUUGGAAUUAAGGAUCCCUGCGAAACCAAAACAAGAGAAGAACUCAUGGAAUCAGCCUCAACACACUUUAACGAAAAUGUGAAGAUUAAUAGCCAGAAUCGAUACGAGGUCGCUUUGCCAUGGAUUGAGGGUCACAAGCCCGUUUCAGAGAAUCGUCUGCUAGCAGAACGGAGACUUCAGUCCGCGACCAACAAGCUAUUAAGUGCCAAUAAGAUGAAAGAAUAUCAGAAGAUUUUUGAUGAAUGGCUGGAGAGUGGCGUAAUUAAACGGGUACCAGAAGAUGAAAUUGAAAGUGUAGGAAGCUACCUGCCCCACAGACCCGUGUUUAAGCCGAGUAGUACGACCACUCCCACUCGCCCAGUGUUUGAUGCGUCUGCAAAGACGAGCAACUUCCCCUCAUUAAAUGAUUGCUUGGAGAAAGGGGAGAACCUAAUCGAGCUGAUUCCGUCCGUAUUAACGAGAUUCAGAGCAAAACGGUACGGAGUAGUCUCGGAUGUGAAGAAGGCUUUUCUGCAGAUAUCAGUGAGAAGAGAGGACCGGAAUUUCCUAAGAAUCCUAUGGUGGGAGGACUUUGCAACGAAGAAGGUGGAGGUAUUUCGACACUGCCGUGUUGUUUUUGGAGUGUCAUCCAGUCCGUUCUUGUUGGCGUCAACUAUCAACCACCAUUUGGAUAGUGCUGGAGAAGGAGAUCGUGAGGUCGCUCAACUUUUAAAGAAGUCUUUGUAUGUGGAUAACUGUAUCGCCAGCUUAGAUGAUAAAGAAGAGUUGCAGAAAUUUGUGCGAAAAUCCACUGCUAUAAUGGAACAAGGAAGAUUUGAUUUAAGAGGCUGGAUUUGGAGUGGAGAACCAGAAUAUUCGGAUGAUGUUCGGAUCACACCAGUGCUUGGAUUCUGGAAUUUAGAAUCAGAUUGCAUCUCACUUGACGUAAAAGAUGAAGAACUCGACGGAGUUCUUACCAAACGGAAGAUUCUGUCAGCCGCCAAUUCUAUUUACGAUCCUCUCGGUUUCUGCAGUCCCGUCACGCUAAUGCCGAAAUUAUUACUGCAGGAAUUGUGGAUGCUGAAAACCGGGUGGGAUGAGGGCGUGCCUGACUCAGUGAAGAAAGGAUUCGACGUGUGGAGAUCAGAAUUAGCAGCGUUAAAGAAGAUUCAAAUUCCCAGAUGUAUUUUUCGAGAUGUGACGACUAGCCGAAGUAUUCAUGUCUUCUCAGAUGCCAGCAAAUACAGUUCUUGCGUAUUUAUGAGAAGUGAAGGAGUCGACGGAGUUAAUGUGCAAUUGGUGAUGUCAAGAGCUCGCGUGGCUUCAGUAAAGAAGAUGACCAUCCCUCGUUUGGAACUUUUGGGUUGGGAAACACCGUGA